CCCCGCCUAAUUGUGGGUUAUGAGUAUUUGUGCACACCUGCAUUAUGUGGCUUAUCCCAUGUGGGAUUUACUCCAACCUCUUAGCAGUAAUCUCAUUUCAUCCAAUCCAGCCCUCCUUGCUUCCCUGCAACAUGCUCUCAGCGACUCAUAAGAACACAUGUAGGCUGCUUUCUCUCAUUUAGAUCGGCAACCAUUCAUGUUGUUGGACUACUGCUGUCGUUGCUGUGGAUUCACGCUCAUAAAACGCCAUGGACCCUUCUCACUCAAGACUACGCCCAGUGACACCUGGGUUGUUCUGCAGAAUCUGCUGAUGUGCAUGGUGUGCUUCUACUCUCUCUACUACAUCGUGGUCAGUCUUUGCAUUGGAGUCUUCAGAGUUCACGAGAUCAAUAGCUUGUUAACUCCUUUCGACUAUACAACACAACCAUCAUGGCAGAACCCCAAAUACUUGGUUGGGGUCAUUUCCACAGAAGUGACUUAUGUUUUGGGAGGGCUGGUGUUCGCUUGGAUUGUGGAGGAGUGGGUCUGGGAUUACGCCAUAACUGUCACGCUGCUGCACGUCGGGAUGACUGUGGCAGUGAUGUCAGAUUUCCCUUCAGCCGAGCACUGGUGGAUCGCUCUGGGUUCAGGCCUGGUCAUGAUGAUAUUCGGAGGACAGCUCCUGGCCUACAAACUCUUCAGGAACAACUUUGUCUAUCCUGCUGAACUACAGAACUUCUAAUAAAAACAAGGAAAGCUUUUAACUGGCUUAUUGGGGUAAUCCCAGCUUGGAAGUGUGCCAGUCAGUUCGCUUUGCGUUUCGCUGUUUAAUUUAUGUUUAUAAUGGUGUGAGGAACUAAAGCCUGUCAGUUAAGGACACAAAAGAUAACGUAUAUGUAUAUUGUUUGUAUACUUGAUAACACGGAUUAGCAAUUAGGUUGUUCUAAACUGGCUUCACUUUGCCUAUUGAACAACACUUUUUUGAUUGCGUGUGUGUGCGUGUUUGUAUCAACAUCUUUGAAAAAGCCAACUUGAAGAGAACCAGGUAAUAUUUUAUAGUGGGAACAUUUGUACAAUAAAAACACUGCAGACUAUUAUGUGCUCUUUCAUGUCUCUGAUUUCAUUGUAUUAAGGAACGUAUCUUAUAACACACUCGUCUUUUGCAAUAAAACGUCAAGUGUUUGUAAAGAAUGUGGAAGCUUUUACGGCAACCAGUGUGAAUCUUUUAUAGUUUAAUUUGUGCUUACAAAGAGCGGCUCCAGCAGUUCUGUGAAAAGUCUAUCAUUGA